AUGAUCGGGGACGGGCUGCCUCCCGGGCGGACCCCCGGUAGGCUCGAGAAGAUGAUGUUGUCCCGAGAACAGGUAAGGCGAGUGUCACAACCAAGGGACGACUCACGCAAAGUGCAUCCCGUGUGUUUGUUCUCCUUGCGCUGCAGCCUACCAACCCUAUGCGUCACCUGCAGCAAGAGCUCGAAAAGCGGCUUGGCAAACCAGUCACGUCAAUCCCUCUCGACACGGACGAAAACAUCGAUGAGGUUGAGCGAGGAUCAGGCAACAUCAAGACACCGCAAGAAAGCCUCGCCAGUGAAGGAAGGAUCCUCAAUCAACGCGACACUUCGGCGGAGGCCGGAGCAGAGAAGGGCCGUGGGACGCCACGGUCCAAGUCACCCCCCAUACAUAGCCCUGUCAGGACGAUGCCUCAACCCGAGCAGCCAAGGCCGUCGGAGCCACUUCCGUCAGCACAAGAAGAAGGCGGCUCGGCUGAUGUUCCAAUGCCGCCCGCCACGCCACCUGCGGCUACGACACCUCUCUCCCCCCCAGGUGACCAUCUGGUCUGGCACAAGGAAGGCCUUCCAGAUGACAGCAGGAUAAGGAAUGUCCAUCGGCCGACUGUCGAGCGUCGCUCAUCUUUCGAGAAACGCAAGGCCAAGCGAUUCGACUCGCUGGAGGAACAAGGACUGCUGACGGGGCCUGUCGGCCCCCUGGAUGUGAUCAAAGAAGGCGCCAACGAAGUGAUGGAGGCGGAUGCGACAGAGAGCAAGCUCGACCAAGAGACUAUCGAUGGCUACCACGCCAUUAUCAAAGAGAGCUGGCGGCGCGUGAUCACCAAACAGGUCAGCUGCAUCCACUAAAUGCUAUUGGCCGCUCAUUUCGCGUCUGUCGCCUCAGUCGAAGAAAAAUAAUGUGGGCGCCUUGGUGAGAAAGGCAACCGAACAACAAAGCCAGCCAAGUAUCUGCGUGUGUAUGUGUCGUGUGUGUACUGCGCGUUUCGGCAGGUAUUUGACUCUCUUCUGCGCUUUGCCCCAGAAAUCUCUGUCCUCUACAGACAUGGCAAAACGUACAUGUCUGCCGCUUUCGAGACUGUCUUGAGCGCGAUGGUUGCCUUCUCGACGAUUGGGGACGACGUCAUGGUGGAGAACGCCAUGCGCAUCCUGCCCUUAGACACGUCUUCUACCUAUCCACUAUCAGCGAUCCGUUUCUCUACUUUCCGAUCAUGA